AUGUCAGAAAUUCGGAUGUGGGCAUUUUGGAGAGCAGUUCUGGCUGAAUUUCUGGGAAUGAUCAUUUUCAUUUUCAUUGGCCUCAGCGCUGCAAUAGGCGACCAAAAUGAUUCUUACGCCAACCAGGAAGUCAAAGUGGCCUUUGCCUUUGGCCUGGCUAUUGCCACGUUAGCCUACUGUAUUGGCCACAUUAGCGGUGCUCACCUGAAUCCUGCCAUCAGCAUUGGCUUCGUGACUUGCUGCCGCAUGAGCCUUCUUAGGGCCUUCUUCUAUGUGAUCGCUCAGAUGCUGGGAGCAGUGGCUGGCAGUGCCAUUGUAUAUGGUCUAAGGCCACAAACCACAGAGUCAUUGGGCGUUAACAAGCUGAAAGAAAUCAGUCCACGUCAAGGAUUUGGCACAGAAUUCAUGCUCACCCUUCAGCUGGUCCUGUGUGUGCUGGCAAUCACUGACAAAAGACGUGAUAUUGGAGGGUCUGCACCUCUGGCAAUCGGAUUCUCUGUAGUUGUGGGACACCUUGCUGGGAUCAGCUACACAGGAUGCGGCAUCAACCCUGCACGAUCCUUUGGGCCUGCAAUUAUACUGGAUUCUUUUGAUGAUCACUGGGUGUACUGGGCUGGACCGAUCAGCGGCGGUUUGGUGGCAGCGCUUCUGUAUAAUUUUCUGCUAGCACCCAGAGAUGAUCUCUUCAGUGGAAAAACCAGAGCCUUGUUCUGCUGUGGCUCAGUACCGGAAAGUGACUCUAGUGAGCCCCUUCUGGAUGAUGCUAAAGAUGCAGCCUGAUCAAAGGAGACAGUUCAAGUGGAAAGCACUGCAAUAUAACCUGCUAUCAAAUAAACUACUUUUUCAACAUA